AUGGUGCAGAAAGCUACGUCAGCAGACCCAAUGUUGCAGCGACUCAUCCAGUACAUCAACUCCGGCUGGCCCAAGAACGGAAAAUCGAUUCAGAAUGUAGCAUUGCAGACGUUUUUCCAUCGGCGUGAAUCAUUAUACGUUGUACAAGGUUGCGUGAUGAUGAUGGAACGGUUGGUGAUUCCGGAGUGUUUCCGGAAGAAACUAUUGAAGCAGCUACAUCGAGGUCAUCCCGGAAUCGAACGAGUCAAAGCCAUCGCUCGGAGCAUCAUCUACUGGCCGAAGAUCGAUGACGACAUCACUGAGUACAUUCGAAGCUGUACCAACUGUGCGAAUGCGAAAAAAUCUCCACCACAAGCAGAGCCACAUCCGUGGCAGACCGCAAAAGGUCCAUGGGAACGUAUUCAUGUGGACUAUGCCGGACCGAUCGACGGGUUCAGCUAUCUGGUCAUCAUCGAUUCCUUUUCCAAGUGGCCAGAGAUGUUCCAGACGAAAUCAACGACAGCUUCUUCGACGAUCGGGUUCCUCACUGAUAGCUUUGCCAGAUUUGGCGUACCGAAGCUGGGCAUCAUCCAUUUCCGCACCGCACCGUUCCACCCCCAAUCGAAUGGUCAAGCGGAAAGCUUCGUCGACACACUUAAGAGGUCACUGCGCAAAAUCCAAGAGGGGGAAGGAUUACCAGCAUCUGCAGCACUACAAACCUUUCUGCAGGUGUAUCGAGCAACUCCCUCCAAUCUGCUCGAGGGCAAAUCCCCUUCGGAAGUGCUGAACGGCAGAAAAAUGCGGACAACAUUGGAUUUGCUGAAACCUUCGAACAUACUUCCACAACCACCGGUAGCAGCCAAGCCUUGCCAAGCACGGAAACUUGCAGCCGGAUCACUGGUAUUCGCGAAGGUGCACAAAAACAACACCACCUGGAAGUGGCAAUCUGGAGUCAUCAUUGAGGCGAUUGGGAAUGUACAUUACAAUGUACUUCUUGAUGCACCAUCCGGAAGCGGCUAA